GGCCACGCGAAGGCAGAACGUGCCCUUGCGCUAGACCGGAAGUACGAGCGCCGCGGCCGUCCCCUCCGUUUCUCCAGCCGCAGGGUGACCGCGAAUCGUCAUCCCUCACGCGCCUGUCCGACGGGCGGACGGGGAUCGAAUCGGGCUCGGUCCCCGAUAUAUCUCCGGGGGGUGGCCACCCUCGCUUGCCAUUCGCACGCGAAACUCGCGCGCGACGAGUAUCCCGAGCGAAGCGGAGUGUCGACGGGUAUUCCAACUAUCGAGAACUCGGUCGGUUCCCAAUUCCAGAAGUGUGAAGAGUUCGCGGAAGGGAGAUAUUUUGCGCGGAAACAAACGUCCGUGAGGAAUUGAAUCAGGAACGAGGAAACGGAAGCUUCUCGAGUCGGAGCGAAGGGAAUCGUCGCGAAAUUGAUUUUGGUCGAUCGUAGAGAGAGGUGGCGAGAGAGACGUCGGGGUGGACGAAGGACGAAGAGGAGAGUGACGUUCGCGCGAGGAGAUUCGCAGGCGAUCGAACGCAGCAGCGUCGUGAAGAGAAGGAGAGGAUUAAAGAGAAAGAGAGAGAGAGAGAGAGGGGGUGUUUGAGAGAUUUGAUUAGUCAGGCGACGAGGUCGAUCGGGCGAGGACGAUGGCAGUGAGCGCUUUCUCGACGACAUUGCACACCACCGAUUUUGCCACUACGUGUCCCACUACACCCGCGCUCUGGACCGAGGCGUCGCUACCACCCGAAGACGAGGAGGAGAACGUCCUGCACAUCGGCGGUAUCUUCCCCGUCGGCGGAGAGGGCGGCUGGCAAGGUGGCCAGGCUUGCAUGCCAGCUGCGCGCUUGGCCUUAGAGGACGUUAAUCGCGAAAAGAACUUGUUACGCGGAUAUAGACUGCACCUCCAUUCCAACGAUAGCGAGUGCGAGCCCGGCCUCGGCGCAUCCGUGAUGUACAACUUACUAUACUUUCCACCCUAUAAAUUAAUGCUGUUGGCCGGGUGCAGCACGGUAUGCACCACGGUCGCCGAGGCGGCGAAGAUGUGGAACCUGGUGGUGCUCUGCUACGGUGCCUCGUCGCCGGCCUUGUCCGACCGAAAUCGAUUCCCGACCCUGUUCAGGACGCAUCCCUCCGCCACCGUGCACAACCCCACGAGAAUCAAAUUGUUGCAAAAGUUCGGCUGGUCUCGGGUAGCGAUACUGCAGCAAGCCGAAGAAGUGUUUAUAUCGACCGUUGAAGAUCUAGAAUCGCGGUGUAAGGAAGCUGGGAUAGAGAUAGUCACCCGUCAGAGCUUCCUAUCGGAUCCCACGGAUGCGGUGAAGAAUCUACGCCGUCAGGACGCGCGGAUAAUCGUCGGGCUGUUCUACGUCGUGGCCGCGAGACGGGUGCUCUGCGAGCUCUAUCACCAGAAGCUGUACGGCCAGUCGUACGUGUGGUUCUUCAUAGGCUGGUACGAGGACGAUUGGUUCGAGAUCAACCUGGAGAAGGAGGGCAUCACCUGCACGAAGGAGCAGAUGCGGAUGGCGGCGGAGGGGCAUCUCACCACCGAGGCGCUCAUGUGGAAUCAGAAUAACGACACGACAAUCAGCGGCAUGACCGCCGAGGACUUCCGAAAGAGAUUGAACAAGCUGCUGAAGGAUGACGGCUACGACAUAGAUAACGAUCGAUAUCCGGAAGGGUACCAGGAGGCGCCCCUCGCCUACGACGCCGUCUGGUCCGUCGCUCUUGCGUUCAACAGAACCAUGGAAAGGCUAAGCAAGUUGGGGAACAGUUUGAAGAACUUCACUUACGAAAACAAAGAGAUCGCCGACGAGAUAUACGCGGCAGUAAACUCGACCCAGUUCCUCGGAGUUUCCGGUUACGUCGCGUUCAGCUCGCAGGGCGACAGGAUCGCUCUGACGCAGAUCGAGCAGGUGAUCGACGGGAAGUACGUUAAAUUGGGGUACUACGAUACGCAGAGUGACAAUCUGACGUGGCGAAACGUGGAGCGGUGGAUCGGCGGCAAGGUGCCGCAGGACAGAACGAUAAUAAGGAACGUUUUGAGAACAGUGUCACUGCCCUUAUUCAUAAGUAUGGCGACCUUGUCGGCGCUCGGUAUCGUGAUAGCCAUUGGAUUGAUCGUAUUUAACGUCUAUAAUAGGCACCGAAGAGUUAUAUAUUCGUCUCAUCCCACCGCCAACACGAUAAUGCUGAUAGGAAUAAUAGGCUGCUUCUUGGCCGUGUUGUGCAUAGGGUUUGACGGUAGGUUCGUCACGCCGUGGCAGUUUUUGAUAGUCUGCCAGGCAAGAGCGUGGACGAUGUCGGUCGGCUUCACCCUGGCGUUCGGUGCCAUGUUCAGUAAAGUGUGGAGGGUCCAUCGACUCUCUACGAAGGCGAAAGCCGAUCAAGGAAAAUCAUUGACGGCUAAACAAAAAGUUUCGUCUAUACAGAAGAAGAUUGAGCCGUGGAAGCUGUACAUUAUGCUGGGCGGACUGCUGUCGGUCGAUAUCAUCCUUCUCGUCACUUGGCAGGUGGUCGAUCCGUUGCGCCGGAGGAUCGAGACCUUCGCCCUGGAACUGCCUCCUUACGGAGACGAGGACGCAAUGAUCAAACCCGAAUUGGAGCAUUGCGAGAGCGAACACAAUAGCUUGUGGCUCGGCUUGAUCUACGGCUAUAAAGGCAUCGUUCUUGCUUUCGGGCUCUUCCUAUCUUACGAGACGAGAAGCAUCAAAAUCAAACUGAUCAAUGAUUCCAGAUACGUGGGAAUGUCGAUAUAUAACAUUGUAGUUCUAUGUCUCAUUACGGUACCUGUGGUAAUGGUCAUCUCUAGCCAGCAGGACGCGAGCUACGCCUUCUCGGCGCUGGCCACGAUCUUUUGUUGCUUCCUCAGCAUGGCGCUCAUCUUCGUGCCGAAGGUCAUCGAAGUGAUCAGGCAUCCCAGAGACAAGUCCGAGUCGAGAUACAAUCCGGACGGCGCGGUGUCCAAGGAGGAGGAAGAGAAGUAUCAGAAACUGCUCAACGAAAACGACGAGCUCCAGAAACUCAUUGCUAUGAAAGAGGAAAAGAUUCAAGCCAUCAAGCAGAAGCUGGCUGAACGCGACGCCCUGAAAGGGACCGGCACAAGUCGUUGCAGGCAGGGUCAGCCCAAGCAGUCCUUCAUCGUGGCUGACUAUCCGACCGGCGAGGGGACAUCGGACAGUGCUAUCGGUGGGGGUAUUUCCAUAUGUACAAAAUCCUCCCGCGCUUCCGCUUCUGAUGUUGAGUUUUCAGAGACGUACUUAUAAUCUCUCCACACACGAGUAAAAGUCGGGAUGCCGCUACACGGACGUCUUCUCAUGCAUACGCGCGAUACAUUUGGGACCUAAAAGUUCUUUUCAAUCGAUCUCGGUGAUUAUCGUUACGCUUCGCUUUUAAAUCGAAUCCGUAUUUCCGGUAUUAUUUGUCGUAAGUAUCGAUGUGGGUACGUAUGUACUUGCGUGUUUCUUCAUGAUGCACCCAUCGGAGAAUGUCUCGUUGAAGUGACCGGAGUACACGAUUAUCCACGAUUAGCUUUACACCGCAACGCGGCGAUGAAGUAUUGAGUGACUGUAUCUGUCUGCACAAUUCAAAGGAACAACCAGAAACUGGAUCGCGAUUUUAAGUUAUCAGAAAAAAAAACGAUGGCACAAUGCAUUUUUCUCACGCAACUUGCGCACGAUAAAUUAUGUUGUUUUUAUCCUCAUUGAUUGCCGACUCGGUGAAUAUAAAAAGUAAUCUAUUAUUAAUACAAUGAUGAUAAAAUUAACAAAGUAAAAUGUUAAUGUCGUGUUAUUAUGAAUGUUAGCUCUUCAUCAAAUUGUUUAGAGAAUUUUUUUUUUAACUGUCGAUUUAAUUUACAUAGUUUGUUGCUUUAGUAAAAAAAAAAGAAAACAAUUUCAUAGCUUUAGUGUAACGUCGUUAAAUAUUUAAAUAUGCAAAUGAUAUCGAUUAAUAACGUAUACGUAUGAAGUAGUAAUUUUUAUCUUAGCAAGCUAGUGAGAGUCUCUCGCUGCGAAUUCAGAUAGAACGGGAAAUACACGAUCUAAUGGAAUUUGGCCUACGUUUCGUGAAAGUUAUGUGAAAGUUGGCCCUAUAUCUUUCUAACGACAGUGUGUUCUUCUUUCUAUAAUUAUCUACUAUUAUCGAUUAAUUAUUUAUUGGUAGAACGACAUGUGUAUUUUUAUAUGUCGCCCGAUUCCCAUUUAGCUGUUAUCAUAGACGCCCCGAGAUUGGAUGUUUGUGAAAUUUUAUCGGGUGUAUUUUUCAGCACCUGUGAGAAAGUAUACUCAACCGGAUCUCCUUAGCGUAAUACAAUCUUAUCCUAUGGACCAAGUUACCCCCCCGUGGAAUAACGUUUUCAGGGACGGAGCUUUUGAGUGUUUUAUAUCUUGACUUUUAACUCGUUUAUCGAGAGAGGGAACUAUAUACUCGAAGGAAAAUAUAACGAAGUCUUUUAAGCCGUUAUCGUCGCUUUCAGUCAGAUAUACUUGAUAUUUUUCAUAAAAAAAAUAUAACGAAUUUGAAGGAGAAAAAUGUAAAGAGUUAUAACGAAUGAAAACGAAUGAAACACAUAUGUUCGCUGAACGGUAAAUCUAAACAGCUAAAAUAUAUUAUUAUUCCCCCAUUGUUUCUGAUAAGAAACGGAGGGAACUGAAGUUACAUUCUUAUACCGGGGUACGUAAAUCUUCUCGCGGCUACUAUUUAUCUCGUGAAAAUAUUUUUAUCUUUCCAAACAAGAUAAUAAAGAAAGAAUAUAUAUUUUGAAACGCACAAUAUACAUAUAUAAAUAUAAAUAGACAUGUUGUACCUUAAAUUGAUUACUCAACCGGUAUAGAAUACCGCGGCUAUAAAUUGCAAAUUGGAUUUGACUGGCUCAGGAUGAUGUUUAUAACAUGCUUGUGUCGUUUGUCACAGAGCACGUUACUUAUUAAACACGAAGCAAAUUUACAAUGUUUUACGUUAGGCCUAAAAAGAAUAAUCUUUACGGUCAUACAUGGCUCAGUUGUUGCAGUUAAAUCUCGUUAGAAAAAAAAAGUGUCGUGUUAAUUGUGUCCAGCAUCAAACGUUGUUGUAAACCUCAUGAAGCGUACUCCCAAAUUCGACAAAGAGACCAGAGAAGAGACCAAAUUGCGAUUAUUUUGGAGUCCAAUCCGGAUUAAUGCAGUUUUUUCAAGUCGCAGUAUAAAAACGCGAAGUGUGUGCUAACGAGAUUUAAAUGCUUAUAUACGAAUUUCCAUGCCGUUCGUUUAUAAUUUGGGAGUCUUGAUGAGGUGACGUGUUGUUUACCAUUUGCCAGUGUGUGUUUUAGCAUGUAAGCACCCGGGACGCACGAUUGUUAAUUUUUUUGACGAAUGUUUUUGACACAGAACUACCGGGAUCGGUUUUUCUUUCUCCGCAUACUCAUACGGGGGAAACGUAGGAGGAUGUGCGAUGAGCAUUUACCGACUUCCAAAUCAUUUACGGACGGACUCGGUAUCAACGAUUGUCCAUCUGCGAGAGCUCGCGAGAGAUUUAUGGUGUUUUUUGACCUUUUGUUUUUUUUAGGCACGCAGCACAUCGCCGAAAUGUACGAACUGCACCGACUAUGAUGCCAAAGCAAUACACACACAAACGAGCGCUACGCUUGCGACAAAACUCUCUUCUAAAACUAGUUAUUAAAUCUACGUGCACACGGUCAAUAUUGCGAAUCGUAUAUAAUAUACGCGAGUCUUGAAACACACACGCCAAAAGAAAAAAGAAAAAAAAAAGUGAGAGUGACUCUCCGCCUGUGUCUGUGAGACAUGAUGAUUUCGCGCGUUACUUAAAAAAAGCGUAAAAGUUAUAUAUAUAGUUUAUAGCGUGUGAAAUUGUUUUAUAUGUUUCGAUACGAUUCGAACUGCGCCUUAGAAAGAGGAAAAAGAGCAAGGAAAAAAAAAGAGAUACAGUAUUGAGACAUAUAUAUGUAUAAAUAUAUAAAUAUAUAUAUACGUUACGCGGAUAUUACGGCUGUAUCUAUCGCGUGUUUUCUCUCAGGCACACACAAACUGAAGAUAUGUGAGAUCUGUCGUCGUGAAAUCCCCGUGUAUAGGCAAUAUUUAAAACAGAACAAAAAGAAAAACGAAAUGUAAUUUCUCAUUUACCGGUACUUACCACGCGCGCUCACCUAAUACGCAGUAUUUUUUACUGUAACUCGUUUUGAUCAACUGCCGCGCAAAACGGCGCUUGUAUAAGUCUAGCAUUAUACAUACAUUAUACGAUAGGCUUAUCGAACUGUUGACGAAAGUAUCACAUAUAUGUACGUUAGAUUAUGGAGAUAUUUAUUUUUAAGUUUUUGAAUUAUAAACAUCCGUUAUAAAAAUCGAAGGCUCUACCUAUCAUUACUGAAACCCUUGGGAUUGUUUACUCGAUCCUCGAAGCUCGCGUGGCUCGCGCGUGGCGCGACGAACGGCACGAACGCGAGUGUUCAUAUCUCUACGUUGUUUCUAGAGUUGAGAUUUUAAUAAAGAAAAAUUUAAACACCAA